AGUGCCUUUCUCUAUAAGAAUGGGUGUGUUAGAGAGCUAGUGCCAUAGUGUACCAUUCUCUUGAUAGCAUUUGGUAAGACUUUCCCUCUCUCCUUACCAAUGGAGAAGUUUAAUCUUGCUAGAGUCUUAUUGUUGCUUCUCCAACUUGGAACUUUGUUCAUUGCCCAUGCAUGUCCUUAUUGCCCUUAUCCUCCUUCCACCCCAAAACACCCAAAAUUACCUCCUAAGGUAAAACCACCUUCUAAACAACCUCCACAUGCAAAGCCACCUUCCACCCCUAAAAACCCUCCAUAUGUAAAACCACCUUCUACCCCCAAACAUCCUCCACAUGUGAUACCACCUUCUACCCCUACACACCCUAAAGAACCUCCACAUGUGAAACCACCUUCUACCCCUAAGCACCCUAAAUACCCUCCACAUGUGAAACCACCUUCUACCCCUAAGCACCCUAAAUACCCUCCACCUGUGAAACCACCUUCUACCCCUAAAUACCCCCCACAAAAACCAUGCCCUCCUCCACCUCAUCAUGCCCCUAAGCCACCAGUUGUAACACCUCCAUAUGUCCCAAGACCUCCUAUAGUGCAUCCUCCUCCCACUGUCUCUCCACCUUCCACCCCUAAACCACCAACAUCACCACCAGUCACUCCAAAACCACCAUCACCAACACCACCUAUUGUCCAUCCACCAGUCACUCCCAAACCACCAUCACCAACACCCCCUAUUGUUUAUCCUCCAAAACCACCAACACCAACACCACCUAUUGUGUCACCUCCAGUCACUCCAACACCACCUAUUGUCUCUCCACCUUUUGUCCCCAGUCCUCCCGUGGUAACACCGCCACCCUACGUGCCAAGUCCUCCUGUUGUUACUCCACCCAUAGUUCCAACACCCCCUACACCAUACCCGUCGCCACCACCAACAAUAGUACCAUCACCACCUGCACAACCAACUUGUCCCAUUGAUGCUCUCAAGCUAGGUGCUUGUGUGGACGUAUUAGGAGGACUAAUCCACAUUGGAAUCGGUGGCAGUGCUAAGCAAACAUGUUGUCCACUUCUUCAGGGACUUGUAGACUUGGAUGCAGCCAUUUGUCUUUGCACAACCAUUAAGCUCAAGCUCUUAAACAUAAACAUCAUUCUUCCCAUUGCCCUUCAAGUUCUUGUUGAUGACUGUGGCAAGUAUCCACCCAAAGACUUCAAGUGUCCAUCAUCCUAAAUCAAGGACAUGAAACAGGAUAUUAGAUUGAUUCUGCCGUAUUGUCAUAGUUGAAGGCACAUUAAGAUUGUGAAAGUGCAAUUUCCAUUUGUCAUGGCAAUAAAUUGAGAAAAAAAGGAGAGAUAAUUAAGCUUUAAUUUGACGUGUAUACUUAGUUUUCCAGUAACGUACUGAAUGUUGUAUUCUCAUUACUGUUUCAGGGAAAUACUUUUAAUUAAUGGUGCUUUAUAUAGUGAAGUACUGUUGAUUUCAAUUGGGAAUAUUUAUCAAGCAUGAACAUGAAUGAAUAAGGAAAGAGUCACUUA